AAAGACAGUCUGACGACCACGACUAAUCGACGGCAAGCAGACAUCGGCCCCGUCCGUCUCGCCAGGGGCCAGAUAUCCUCUCUUGGACCCCCCACGAAACUGACGUCCUGCCCCCUCGGAAAAAGCGACCACGACACCGACGGCCUCGUCUUCUUCGCUCCUUGGCCGGCCUAGCUGAGGCUCGCGCUCGACUAAUCGACCCCGGUCUAGGAGGGCAUACAUACACACGUACACACGACACACAUAUAUACUAUAGCUAUCACGACCACGAUGCAUUUCGCCUACCCACCCCGCAAGUCGUCAAACCCGCCGCCGUUCCGCCCGGCGCGCGGCUCGCGCAUCCCGCUCUACCGCCGGCGGCAGCUCAAGACGGUUGCGCUCGCGGGCGCGGGCAUCCUGUUCCUGCUGUGGCUGCUCUUCGGCCGCAGCGGCGGCGGCGGCUCACACACCUCCGGGGGGCGGAGGCAUAGCAGCGGGCUGUCGACGCCAAAGACGGCGUACAAGGGCCGCUCGAUAUCCGGGAAGCCGCCCGUCGUGCUCGUCACCGUGUUUGACGACAAACAGAACACAGAGUAUGUCCAGCUGCUGCGGGAAAACCGGCUGGCGUAUGCGGAGAAGCACGGAUACGGCACUGUCUUCGCCGACGUAAAGGACUACGACCUCGACAACGCGCCCGCUUCCUGGGCCAAGAUCCCCGCCAUGCGCCACGCAAUGACAAUGUACCCGGACGCGCGGUACCUGUGGUUCCUCGAGCAGAACGCGCUCAUCACCAACCUCGACGUCGCCGUCGACAAGGACAUCAUGAGCCCCGCCAACCUCGAGGCCACCAUGCUCAGGGACCAGCCCAUCGCGCCGCCCGACGGCAUCAUCCACACGUACGCGAACCUCCGCGGCGAGGACAUCGAGCUGGCCAUCACGCAGGACAACGAGGGCCUGGCGACGGGCAGCUUCAUCCUCAAGAACGGCGACUAUGCAGAGUUCCUCCUGGACACCAUGUGGAACGAGCUGUACCGGCACUACCGCUUCCAGCGCGCAGAGACACAUGCCCUCUCCCACGUCGUCCAGUGGCACCAGACUGUGCUUGCCAGGAUUGCCGUCCUGCCGCAGAACACCAUUUCCAGCUACUCAACCGCAAAGAACGGCAAGGCAUACAAGGACGGCGAUUUGGUCGUGCUGUUCAAGGGAUGUGGUGGCAUCGGGAGCGGCAGCUGUACAUCGGAGGCAAAGAUGUUCAAGGACAAGGCUGAGUCUCACGCUCGCUCGUCGAGCUAGCCGGCAUUUUCGGGACCAAGGCAGGGUUGAUAAUUUGGUAUUUUCAAGGCGUCACCAGGGACCAUCAUAGAGAGCGUCGAGAGGGCGGGGAAACCAAC